AGAUUAUGUAAUGAUGACGUUCCUCACAAACAAGGGAAACCUAGCCCUGCAAUAAUUACAUUUGUCAAAUAAAUAAGAACGUCGAAAGGUGUCGCAGACCCUGGACGAACCUGGAAAACAAAGUUGCAAUAGUUGGACAACCGAUCAAAUAAAUACCUAGUUAAUUAAUGUUGAAGGGUUGUCACAAGGCCAAAAAUAUGUAGCGACGUGGGACAUCGUAAAUUGGGGUUGCGUCACCUUCGGUGUGGGAACUCCCCCCACUUUUGAUUUACUUUUCUGCCGUUAAUCCGAUGGAGAAACUGGUAUAAAAAUGGAUGAUUUGGAAAUCAAAAGUCAGACUAGACUAAGGGCUCAAACCUGUGAAUCAAAGGCACUCCAGGAGUCGAUCCGGGAGAGAAGCAGCCACACUCCGUCUGGGACCCAACAAGGGGACUCCGCCAGCGAGGAUCAGCCGUUGCGACUCAUCGGGUCAAGUCGACAGUCGAGAUACCGAAGAGGCACUGAGGAUGCUAAUCGUGGCGAGCAUCGUUGAAGAGUGGAAUGAUUAUAACCUCCGGUGGAAUGAAUCGGAGUACGGAGGGGUCAAAGAUCUCCGGAUUACUCCCAACAAAAUCUGGCGCCCAGACGUCCUUAUGUACAACAGCGCCGACGAGGGUUUUGACGGGACUUACCACACAAACGUGGUGGUCAAAAAUAACGGUAGCUGCCUCUACGUCCCUCCUGGUAUAUUCAAGAGCACAUGCAAGAUAGACAUUACAUGGUUCCCCUUUGACGACCAACAUUGUGAGAUGAAAUUCGGUAGUUGGACAUACGACGGCAAUCAGCUGGAUUUAGUACUCAAAUCAGAAGAUGGUGGAGAUCUCUCCAACUUCAUAACGAACGGAGAGUGGUUUUUACUAGGAAUGCCAGGAAAGAAGAAUACUAUUACAUACCAAUGUUGCCCAGAGCCGUAUGUUGAUGUUACAUUCACAAUUAAAAUACGAAGAAGAACCCUGUACUACUUCUUCAACUUGAUAGUUCCCUGUGUUCUCAUCUCUUCCAUGGCCCUUCUGGGCUUCACCCUUCCGCCAGAUUCAGGGGAAAAACUUACAUUAGGCGUCACCAUAUUACUGUCGUUGACUGUGUUUCUCAACUUAGUGGCAGAAACGCUUCCCCAAGUGUCCGAUGCCAUACCCUUGCUAGGUACAUAUUUCAACUGCAUAAUGUUCAUGGUGGCUUCAUCAGUAGUUCUGACAGUUGUUGUGCUAAAUUUUCAUCAUAGAACUGCAGACAUUCAUGAAAUGCCUUCAUGGAUAAGAACAAUUUUUCUUCAAUGGCUACCUUGGGUGCUUCGUAUGAGUAGGCCUGGGAAAAAAAUUACAAGAAAAACUAUCACUAUGAAUAUUAGAAUGAAAGACUUAGAACUUAAAGAAAGAUCGUCAAAAAGCCUGUUGGCAAAUGUGUUGGAUAUUGAUGAUGAUUUCCGACACACUGCAGGCAGUACUAGUUACCUCAAGGCGGGAGGACCUUCUGAUGAUGGCAGUGGUGUAUCAUGUUUAGCAGCGCAACGUGAGCUUCAAGUGAUCCUCAAGGAAAUCCAGUUUAUAACUGGUAGAAUGAGGAAAGCCGACGAAGAAGCGGAUAUAAUAAGUGAUUGGAAAUUUGCUGCAAUGGUUGUUGAUAGAUUCUGUCUUAUAAUAUUUACAUUGUUUACAGUAAUCGCUACUGUAACCGUCCUACUAUCAGCACCUCAUAUUAUUGUACAAUAAAAAAGAGGUCUGCUAUUUUUACUUCUGUGUUUUGGUGAAUCUACUUCCUAAUACGAAUGAAAUUUUUACGUCAUGACUUUUCAAAUUGACCAGUAUGUUCAAUGUAAAUUGUACACAAGGUAGUAUUUUAUUUUUAAUUGAACAAUAUUGUGAAAUUUAAUAAAGACACCAAAAACCAGGUUCAAUGUUGAAGGGUAUUCUUUAAAAAAAAUCAUAAACCAGAUAUGGUUAUUCUAACACUGUAAAUACAUUGUAAUAAUUGUUUUAAAUCUACUUUUUAAAACAUUAAGUUUAGAGAUUACUAUCAGCAUUAGCAUUUUUCGUAAUGGUAAAUUAAAUGCACUGCAACUUUCAAAAUUAGGAUAUGAAUAGAUCUGAAAAAUAACAUUCAAUUAAAACAUGACAGCAUGGCCUAGUAACCAAAGAAAAAAUAUUUUCAUUGACUGUGUUAAUGGUGUAUUAUGUUGGAAUACUAAAAUUUCCAAUUUGAUACACCACUUAUAUUGUGCCAAAUUUAAAAAUGGGUUUGUUGUUUUAAUGGUUUAUGGUAAACACUGUUAAGUAUGCUUGUAUUUAAUUUUUUCUAUUUUACUUCAAUAUAAAUAGCUGAAAAUUUAAAUAAGCUAUAGAGAUAAUUAAAACAAAAUGGUAAGUAAUAAAUGUAUUAAUGCCAUUUGAGUUGUUUGGGAAUUUCCUAGGGAAUAUUUUUUUAUUGAUACAAGCGUUAAUUUUAUCCUUGUACAAAAUUAAACUUACAUUUUAUAUUUACAAUAAUUUGGCAGUUGGGGGAUCGAGGUGUCCAAGUGGCUAGGAUGUCUGAUAAUUUGCCAUGCUAGCGGUUCUGGGUUCAAAUUUACUACAGCCCAUGGGAUUUUGAUAAUAAUUCGAGCAAAACUUUUCUAAAGUGUUUUGACCCCUUGUCAGUAUCAACAGGUAGUUUGUCAUUAGCAUGAACAAUUUUUCUUUAAUAUAACAGUUAAAUUUAUAUUUACAUUUAAAUAAACACUGAAUAAGAUCAUUUUUUCUAACUCUGCUGGUUUAUGGUUUUAACACAUAUUGAUUUUUCACUACUUACCAUUGUACAAAAAAAAAUCAAUUUCUCUAAUGAAAUUUUUUAUUUUGAACAUGCUUUGUAAUGAAAAUGGCAAAUUUCUUUUACUUUUUUAAAUUCUUGUUAUUAUAAAUGGCAUUUUAACAGCAAAGGUCAAUUAUAUUUAUUAUUUUUAUACAAGGAAGUAAAUUUUGAAAAUGAAAGUCAGUCACCAAAUAAAAAACUUCAUAACUCUAAAGAGUUAGAGUUUUACUUGUCUAUUAUAAUUUUGACAAAGCAGAAGUAUGUAUUUACAUAUUCUUGUUGUUAAAAUACCACAUAAACAUGUACUAAAUGCUCAUGUGAUAUAAUUUCUAAUGCAUUUGUGAUGCCUAAUAAAUAAAUGCAUUUUGAAAAUUGUCAAUGCUUCAGUAUGGUUCACUAAUAAGUUCAGUUAUAAUUUCUAAUGCAUUUUUGAUGCCUAAUGAAUAAAUGCAUUUUGAAAAUUGUCAUUGCUUCAGGAUGGUUCACUAAUUUGUUCAGUGUCAGUGUUAGAAUGUGCAUAUUUAUCUACAACUGUGAUCGAAUUGUUUAAUUAAUAUUGUAAUAAUAA